AUGACUGUCACUACAAAUGCAUCAUUGCAACAGGUUCUUUACGAGUUUGCCCUUCGGGACUCAAACAACAAGUUAUUCUAUACUACGGCUACCAAAGCUGAAAAUGGCAAUGACUCGAUUCCAAAUAAUGCCAUCCAUUUAUUGAACGAUAACGAUCCGUUUGCUAAUAUCUUAGAAAAUGUUUCUAGUAAUUUAACUACAGUUUUCACCGAUGAAGUUACCUUAUUGAAGAGUUUACCCCAUUUGUACCAAUUGGAAAACUCUAUAGUGGUUAAUGUAGAUUUAUAUUUACAGGAUUACUCAAUCAUUACAGCUCUGAAGGACUUAAACAUUGUUUCUUUAAUCUCAAAUGAUGCUGCUACAGCUAUAACUCACGCUCAAUUGGCUAGUAAGAUCGCUCUAGAGAAACGUCUACCUGUUUUCCACUUCAUAAAUUUCACUACUAUAAAUGCUUCUGAGGCGAUUAUCCCUGAUUUCCAAGAACAAACUUCAAACGAGACUGUAUCAGAAGAACAGGAAGAAGAACAAUCCACUCUGGAACAAUUUCUAAUCGAACAAAAUAUACAAAAUUUUGAAUUGAAAGCACAAGGGUCCAAUCCUUCAGUUGCCAUCAUUAACCUAUCCCAAUAUGGUCAAUCUAUUGCUCAAGUUCUACCAACUUCAGCUUCAUUGAUAAAUGUGAACAUUUAUAGACCGUGGAACAUUGACCAAUUACUACAAUUAGUCGCCCCAUCUGUCGCUAAGAUUGUUAUGAUCCAAGGGUCUUACAAGGAUGACUCAUCAGAACCACAUCAUUCAUUUGAUCCUUUCUUAUUGGACUUCUUUGCCGACUUUCAAAAAUUGGUUGAAAGAAAUAUCGACCAAGUUAUAUUGACAAAAAUUGGUCAACUACCAAAUGAUGCAAUUGUUGACUCCCUAGAUAUCAUAAUUAACAAUGCUCAAAAGGAUACUCCUGUUCAAAACCUUUAUUUGGGUAAGCAAUAUCAAGAGCAAAUUGAUAACAAGCAAUACAUAGAUUUUUUGCAUUCUUCUGUUAAAAAUGUGUUAAAUUUAGAAGCUGCAUACAUCAAGGUAUUAAGAAAUUUAUUUUCUGGUAAUUUAGAAAUUUUAAAUGAAUAUUCGAAUGAUACGGUUAACUCAAAUACUCCAGAAUAUGGUUUUGGUUACUACUUAAACCAAGAUGAAACUCGUCAACAACUUAUUGAUUUGGUAAAAUCUUCUCUAGAUGUUUCAUUAUUCUCAGGGGUCCCAGAUGCAUCUAAACUGGUCGAAACUCUGUCCAAGUGGUUGGAAUUUAACAAAUCAUUGACCUCGCAGCAACUAGAGGAGGCUAAUGAACUGGCCAAACAAAUAUUUGAGAUUUUAAAAGCCAACAAAACCAAUAAUAACGUUGCUAAGAUUUUAGAAAUAGCACCAAAUGAAGACGGGUUAUCUUUUAAGUCUCACUGGUUAAUUGGUUCAGAUGCUUGGUCUUACGACUUAGGUAAUUCUGGUGUCCAUAAUGUACUAUCAUCCAAUAAGAAUAUUAAUAUGCUAUUGAUAGAUUCAGAACCAUACACAUCUAAGAACAAGGUUGCACAUAAGAAGAAUGUCGGUUUAUAUGCUAUGAACUAUCACAAUGUAUAUGUUGCUUCUGUUGCUGUAUAUUCAUCAUACACUCAAUUACUCACAGCUAUGAUUGAAGCAGCUCAUUUUAAUGGCCCUUCUUUGGUUUUAGCCUACUUACCUUACUCCUCUGAGAUCAAUUCAUCAUUAGAUAUUCUAAAGGAAACCAAGGUUGCUGUUGAAUCUGGUUAUUGGCCAUUAUACAGAUAUGAUCCAACCAAGGAAGAUGAAGAUGAUGAAACGCAUGGCUUUUCUCUAGACUCCUCAGUUAUUAAAAAAGAAUUGCAAGACUUUUUGGACCGUGAAAACAAGUUGACUUUAUUGAUCAAAAAAUACCCAAUUUUUGCAGACAACAUUAAAAACUCAGCCAGUGAUGUAAUUACCAGAAAACAAUCUACAAGAAACAAGGCUGCUCUAGAUGAAUUACUGGACGGUUUAUCUGGUCCACCAUUGCACAUUUAUUAUUCUUCUGAUGGUAGCAACUCUGUUAAUUUAGCUACCCGUUUGUGCAACCGUGCCAUUGCAAGAGGUUUAAAGGCUACAGUGCUAUCAGUCGAACAGGUAGUCCUAGAUGAAUUACAAGGUGAAGAAAACGUAGUCUUCUUUACCUCUACGGCUGGUCAAGGUGAAUUCCCACAAGAUGGUAAAUCAUUCUGGGAUGAAUUAAAGUCCUCUACCAUUGACUUGGCUGGGUUAAAUGUCUCUGUCUUUGGUCUGGGUGACUCCAAGUACUGGCCGCGUAAGGAAGAUGCACGUUAUUACAAUAAGCCUUCAAAAGAUUUGACUGCUAAGCUAGAAGUCUUGGGUGCCAACUUUAUUGUUCCUUUGGGACUAGGUGAUGAUCAAGCUGCUGAUGGAUUUCAAGAAGGUUACCAAAUCUGGGAACCUCAAUUAUGGGAAGCUCUUGGGGUUGAUAAUAUCGACGUUCCUGAUGAACCAAAACCUUGGAAUAACGAAGAUAUGAAAGUUAACUCCGAUUUCUUAAGAGGUACAAUUGUUGAAGGGUUGAACGAUGAAUCAACACUUGCCAUUCAUCCGUACGAUCAACAACUAACAAAGUUCCAUGGUUGUUAUAUGCAAGAUGAUCGUGACAUUAGAGAUAUUCGUAAAGCCCAAGGUUUAGAACCUCUCUUCAGUUUUAUGUCCAGAGUUAGAUUACCAGGUGGGAAAGCUACCCCAGAGCAAUGGCUUGCACUAGAUAAGUUGGCUACUGAGGUCGGUAAUGGUACUAUGAAGAUCUCUACAAGAGCUACAUUCCAAUUGCAUGGCCUUUUAAAGAAAGAUCUAAAGCACUCUAUAAGAGCGAUGAAUUCUACUUUAAUGGACACGUUAGCCGCUUGUGGUGAUGUUAAUAGAAAUGUUGUUGUUACUGCUCUUCCAAAUAACGCCAAAGUCUUUAAUCAAGUCUCGAAAAUGGGAACUGAAAUUUCUGAAUAUUUCUUACCAAAAACUACUGCUUAUCACGAAAUUUGGUUACAAGGUACUGAUGAACGUGAUGAUGAUCCAAAUUGGCCAGAAAUUUUCGCGAACAGAAAGGAAGGUCCAACUAAAAAGAAAACAUUAGUCAGUGGUAACGCUUUGGUCGAUGUUGAACCAAUAUACAGUAAUGUUUAUCUUCCAAGAAAGUUCAAGGUCAAUAUUGCUGUUCCACCAUUUAAUGAUGUUGACGUUUUCGCUAUCGAUUUAGGGUUAAUUGCAAUUGUCAAUCCUGACACUCAAAUCAUUGAAGGUUACAAUCUAUAUGCUGGUGGUGGUAUGGGUACUACACACAACAACACUAAAACCUACCCAAGAACUGGUUCUGAUUUUGGUUUCGUUAAGCCUGAAGAUGUUAUUCCAGCUAUCCAAGCUGUUAUGAUUAUUCAAAGAGAUAAUGGUGACCGUCAAGAUCGUAAACAUGCUCGUUUAAAGUAUACCAUUGAUGAUAUCGGUAUUCCUCAAUUUAAAGCUAUGGUUGAGGAAGAAUGGGGUAAGAAAUUUGAGCCAUCAAAGUCUUACGAACAAUUUAUUUCUAACCACGAUUAUUUCGGUUGGGUUAAGGAUGAAACUGGUUUAAAUCAUUACACAUGUUUCAUUGAAAACGGUAGAGUCGUCGAUACACCAGAACUACCUCAAAAGACUGGUUUGGUAAAGAUUGCCAAGCUUCUACAGAAGAACAACUCUGGCCACUUUAGAUUAACUGCUACACAACAUGUUUUAAUUUCUGAUAUUGAAGAUAAGCAUCUCGAUCAAGUUAAAAAGGUCUUAAAGCAAUAUAAACUAGAUAUUACUGAGUUAAGUGGUAUUAGAAUCGCAUCUUCAUCAUGUGUCGGUUUGCCAACUUGUGGUCUUGCUAUGGCAGAAUCAGAACGUUACCUACCUGUGUUGAUUGAUGACAUUGAAGAAGUUCUUGAAGAAUUAGGUUUGCGUCAUGAUUCUAUUGUUAUGAGAAUGACAGGUUGUCCAAACGGUUGCUCCCGUCCAUGGGUUGCAGAAAUUGCUCUAAUUGGUAAGGCUCCACAUACCUAUAAUUUGAUGCUUGGUGGUGGUUACUAUGGUCAAAGACUAAAUAAGCUUUUCAAGGCUUCAGUUAAAGAUGAUGACGUUAUUGGUAUUUUAAAGCCAUUGUUCAAGAGAUGGGCUUUGGAAAGACAAGACGGAGAACAUUUCGGUGAUUUUGUUGUUCGUGUGGGUAUUAUUAAGCCAACAUUGGAAGGUAAGUACUUCCACGAUGAUAUAUCAGAAGAAGCGUAUUAG